AUGAGUAUCAGAAAAAAAUCGAGUGGAUGUGAAUAUGGAAAAAUAACUGCAAAAAAAGAAGAGAAGUAUAAAGAAAUAAUCGCUAAAACACCGAAAAUAGACAAACUGUUUAAAACUAACACUCACAAGAACGAUAAUAACGAAGAUGAUUCUAACAAUGGUGCCAGCAGUAUGUUGCAGUGUAAAAAUAUUUGUGACGAAGCAAUGGAGAUAGAAGAAAUUCGAUCAAUUGACGACACAGACAAGGUGCUGCACGAUCAGCAUAUAAUUCGUGAACCAUGUGAUUCAGUCAGUACUACAUUUAUUGAAGUUCCAAGAAUUGAAGUCUGUUGUGAUCUAGAACAAAAUAAACAGCAUGGAUCCGUUCCGAAAUUGGCUCACAAAGGACAAAAGGACCUCAAGUGCGACGUGUGUCUGAAAACAUUUUCCCAAAAGAACUACUUGAAAAUACACAUAAAAACAGUUCACGAUGAACAAAAGGACCACAAGUGCGAUGUGUGUCACAAAAGUUUUACACAGAAGGCUUCUUUGAUAAUACACAAGAAAGCAGUUCAUGAAGGACGAAGGGAUUACGAGUGCGACGUGUGUCAAAAAACAUUUACACAGCAAAGCCAUUUGAAAAUACACAUAAAAACAGUUCACGAUAAACGUAAGGACUACAAGUGUGACGAGUGUCAUAAAGUAUUUUCAGAGCAAGGCAACUUGAGGCAACACAUAAAAGCAGUUCAUGAUAAAAAAAAGGACUUCCAGUGCCAUGUGUGUCAGAAAAGUUUUACACAGAAAAGUUCUUUGAAAAUGCACAUGAAAACAGUUCAUGACAAACAAAAGGACUUCGAGUGUCACGUGUGCCUUAAAUUAUUUUCACGUUCGAGCAAUUUGAAAGCACUCUUAACAUCAGUUCAUGAAGGACGAAGGGACUACGAGUGCGACGUGUGCCAGAAAAAAUUUUCCCAAAAGAACGACUUGAAAAUACACACAAAAACAGUUCACGAUGAACAAAAGGACUACGAGUGCGACGUGUGUCAGAAAACAUUUACACGGCAAAAAUACUUGAAAGAACACAUAAAAACAGUUCAUGACAAACAAAGGGACUACGAGUGCAACGUAUGCCUUACAAAAUUUACCCAUUUGAAAUGCCAUUUGAUGACACACAAGAACGCAAUUCACGAAGAACAGAAUGGUCAGAAACCUUAUUUAGAUUUUCAUGAAAAUUUAAAUCCCCUACAAAAAAUUUAAUUAUUAUCAAUUCAUACUGAUAAAAAAUUUGAUAUUGUAAAUUUAUAUUAGUUACUAACUAUGCUGACUAAACUACUUUUUGUAAACACUGUCGACGAAUGUAUUAUAAAUAGGGUCAACCAUCAAGUGAAUGAAUGGUUACAAAAAAUGCUACAUAAAUCCCAUUAUAAAAACCACAAUAAUUUUUUUUAUUUAUGAAGUAGAUGAUUUUCAGAUUUAAAUACUCUUAAAAAACAAAGUUAUUCAAUUAAUAUUAUUUAUAAAUGCAUUUUACCAGUAAAUGAAUGCUCCGAACCAAUGAAU